GACCACUGAGGGUUCAUAGCACUACAAACCAAACCAGCACAGUGACCUCAGGACUAAAACCAGCCCAGCAUCAGCCCACACUUUGAUAUAAAAGGCGUAGAGCACGUCGCACAUCGUCGCGGUCCCCUCUGACAACAUGACAGCUCGUCCUCCUGUGGGGCGGUCAGUGCAAGAGCUACAAAGCGUGGAUAACCACCUGCCGCAUCUCUCGGCCUUUCCUUACAGUUGUCUGUGUGGAAUUUUUUAAGAGACUCUCGUCUAGAAGGCCAGACAGUUGCCCAUUUCAGCAGUUUAUUUCCUAUGCCACAGGGAAUCACUAGCAGGAUCUUUAUAUGCCAGAGGAUGUCAAUGGUAACGCCAUGGACAUGAACGUUUUCAACAGGAACUUGACAGAGAGAGGCAAACACAUGCAUCAGGUGUUCCAGAGCACCCCUCUUGAUCUCAUUGAGGUCGGAAAAGGGCUGAAGUUCCAGACGGACCGCCCACACCUGGUCAGCCUGGGAAAUGGCCGCUUCAGUACAGCUAUCACUCUUUUGCCACUUCCAGAGGGCAGGACGAGCUUUGGGCAUGGAGAUGUGGACAUCAGUAUCCAGGGCCCAAGGAUCGCAGAGCUACAUUGCUACAUAGAAAACAAAUCAGGAGUCAUCAGCCUCUACCCAUGUGGGAAUGAAUGUGCCAUCGAUGGCGUCCGGGUCACACAGCCUGUUCGUCUCUCUCAAGGCUGCAUGCUGUGUCUGGGCCAGGCCUCCGUCUUCCGUUUUAACCACCCCGAGGAGGCCUCUGGAAUGAAGAGCAUGAUGCCCGAGGCUAGCCGGUCCUCUCUCCACUCAGACCCCAAGGGCCUAGUCAAUGGGAACUAUCCACCAGGUCAGCCGGACUUGCACUCUCCCCCCCGUACGAAAGUGCACCCUGAGCACAGUGCCAUCGUCAGCUCCAUUGAGAGGGACCUGCAGGACAUUAUGGACUCGUUAGCCAUGGAAGACCCCCAGCCUUCCUCCUCCGCUCAGCCCAAAGAGCCGUACGGCCAGCCCGCCUCCCGGUCACAGCUGUCCCCGGUGGUGAACGGCGGGGGCUGCUACCUGUCCCCCCCCACCAGCCCCGGCGCCAUGUCUGUGGGCUCCAGCUAUGAGAAUACCUCACCCCCGUUCUCCCCGCUCUCGUCCCCCUCGCCGGUCAGCAGCGGGAGCUUCAACAGCCCCUUGCACGGCGGCGGCGGUGGCGGUCAGGACCAGGACUCUCCUCUCCCCCCCGUGCCUCUCAGGUCCUCCAGUUACAACUUCACUAGCCAGCCCCCCGUCCCUCAGCCGCUCGCCCCCCUGUCCGUCUUCACCGGCGGACAGAAGGUUCCGGAGAGCCCCCGCUUCCAGAGGAAGGCCUUGCUGGAGACGCCCCCGAGCCCCAAGCCCGCCCGCCGCAACGUGAAUCAGGACGGCUCCGCAGGGAAGGAUCCGGAGAUCCAGAGGCAUGUCCACAUGUUUCCAACCGUCUCCAUCUCACCUCCCAGCGACCCCCAGUCUGUGGGGCGGAUAGGGGUGCCCGGUAGCCACAGGUCCUCGCCCAAACUGCCCAGUGGGUCGCUGUCAUCCUCCCCCUCCAGCCCGCGCAUGAAGCGGGCCGCCGCUGCUCAGGAGCGUCCGGCGUGUGUGUUCCGCGAGCAGCCCCAGGUGGACUACUCCCCCACCUCCAUGUCCUCUCUUCCACUUCCGUCGUCCCGCGCCUUCCAGCCGCCCCUGGACCCGAUCGUCCACAUCGUCCAGGGCGGCAGCGCUCAGAUCCAGCAGUCGCCGCAGCAGCAGCAGCAGCAUUCGGCCAUGCUGCAGUCCCCAAAGAGUCCUCGGCUGGCGCGCCGCAACUUGGAGAUGGACAGCGGGAGCAUCAGCAGCCUGACCAGUAGCAUGCGUGACCUCCCGCCCCUGUCCCCCUCCCUCUCCCGCCGAGGGGUCCCCACCCUGUCCACCCUGAGGACCCCAGAGAGUGCCUUGGCCAAGCUGGUCCCCGAAAGCCCCCGGCUUGGACGCAAGGCGGCGGCGGGUGGAGUCGGGGCCUUCUCCCCCGAGGAGCAGUUCAGCCCGCGGCUGGUCCGGGCACGGAGCCCCUCGCCCACUUCGGGUCUGCUCGGCCCGGGUGAGGGCGGCCGGGGCAGGAAGGCCAGCUGCCCCAACCCGCUGUCACCCUCCUUCAGCCUGGGCUCGCUGCCCGGCUCCUCCCCCCUCGCCAGCCCCCGGAGCCACCGCAAGAUGUCCAGCGAGCUCCACGACCCGCGGCUGGUGCACCCGGGCAUGAGGCAGCGAAAGAACAGCAUCUCGGAGAUCAGCGACAACGAGGACGAGCUGCUGGAGUACCACCGGCGACAGCACACCGAGCGUCUCCGCGAGCAGGAGAUGGAGCGACUGGAGCGGCAGAGGCUGGAGACCAUCCUGAACCUGUGUGCGGAGUACAACAAGCCUGACAUGGGCGAGCUGGGCCCCUCCAUGGACACCCUGAGGAUGGGCUCUCCCCGCACGGCCCGCCGGCACAGGGGCAGCCUGGAGGAGAACCACAAGGAGGACGGCGGCGGCAUGGAGGUCACUCAGCACGAGAACGGGUCUGCGGGCAUGGGCCUGGACGGAGGCCUGGAGCUGGGCUUCCUGGAGGAGGAGCGGGUGCGAGCGCUCAAGCGGGUCGACGAGCUCAAGAGCCGACUCACAGAACUGGAGCAGCAGCUGCAGGAGGCCAAGCAGGAGGCUGAGAUGGAGAGAGCCUUGCUACAGGGAGAGCGAGAUGCUGAACUGGAGCAGAUCCAGGCAGAGGAAGACAUCAUCAGCCAGCUGCAACACAAACUCACCCAGCUGGAGAGUGCCAUCCAAAGAGAGAAGGACAAGGAGCGAGCGAACGUUGACGCGGAGCGGGAAGCCCUGGCCAGGCUUCAGGACGGGUACAAUGAGUUGCAGAACCAGCUGCAUAACUGCCCUGAGUCGCUGCGGGAGCAGUUACAGGAACAGCUCAAAAGGGAGGCAGAGACGCUGGACGCUGAAACCAAGCAGUUUGAGGACCUGGAGUUCCAGCAGCUGGAGAAGGAGAGCAGUCUGGAGGAGGAGAAGGAGACCAUCAGCCAGCAGCUGCUCAAGGAGCGCCAGGACUACCACAGCAGUGUGCUCAGGAGGAAGGAGAAGGUGGCCACACUGGAGAGCCAGGCCAAUCAGCUGGGCCUGCAGUCCAGCCAGGAGGGUGACCGACUGGCCAAGGAGAGACUUCACACACUGCAGAUCCUGCAGAAGGAGAAAGAAAGGCUGUCUGGUUUGGAGAAGAGGUACCUCACUCUCACUGGAGGGCGAACUUUCCCAAAGAACUCCAACACCUUAAAAGAGGCGAAAGACUACAUCACUGUCGGCCAAAUAAAUCAGAUCUAUGGGAUGCCGAAGGUGGAGUCCUCGCCCACCUCUCCGCUCCACGCUAGUCCGUUUGCGUCUGUCGCGGCGGCGGCCGACUCUAUCCUCUCCUGUCUCCCCUCUCCGUAUUCUUCCUCCCUCUCUCUCUCUCCGGAGAUGUUCCGCUCCAAGCUGGACAGUGAUGCGGGCCAGACGGUCAUGAGGCCUAAAGUCAGUGCUGGGCUUUCACCUCCAUAUGGAACCGCCACUCUGGGUCGCAACACACCAUCAAGGAGCCCACUAAUGGUCCACCCGGGAACUGGCAGUCUGCCACGCAACCUGGCAGCCACACUGCAGGACAUCGAGACCAAGAGGCAGCUGGCCCUGCAGCAGAAAGAGCUGUCCACAUGCCAGCUGGUGAUAGAGGAGCAGCGGCGGCGGUUAGCUGAGCUGAAGCAGAAGGCCCAGGCUGAGGCCCACUGCCAGUGGGAGGCCCUGCACGGCUCGCAGACACACUUGCACGGCUCGCAGACACACCUGAGCGCCUCGAUGCACUACGCCGCGCCGGUGCAUCCCAUCAUGCACCACUCCAUCCUGCACCACGAGCCGCCCUCGGCUGGCGAACAGCCCUACGACACGCUUAGCCUGGAGAGCUCGGACAGCAUGGACACGAGCGUCUCCUCCGCAUGCUCUCCUGACAACAUCUCCAGUGCGAGUGGGAUGGAGAGUCAGAGGAUAGCGGAGAUGGAGAACAUGCUGAGAGAGGCCCAGCUGGAGAGGGCCCGACUCAUCGAGUCUCGAGAGCGGGAGGAGCAGGCCCGGAAGCUUCUCCUGGAGGAAGAGCGCCAGAGACGAGCCGUGGCCGAGCGACAGCUCCAGGAGCAGGCGGCCAUCAGGCAGCGCAUGGUGGACAAGGAGGUCAAGCUGAGGGCCAAGAACUUCUCUCAGGCUCGGCCCAUGACGCGUUACCUGCCCAUCCGCAAAGAAGAGUUCGACCUGCGCUCCCACAUCGAGUCCUCGGGUCACACGGUGGAGACCUGCGACCACGUUAUCCUCACCGAGAAGAUUUGCAAAGGCUACCUUGUCAAGAUGGGAGGGAAGAUCAAGUCCUGGAAGAAACGCUGGUUCGUCUUCGACCGCAUGAAAAGGACGUUUUCGUACUACGUAGAUAAACACGAGUCCAAGCUCAAGGGAAUCAUCUACUUCCAGGCGAUCGAGGAGGUUUACUAUGACCAUUUGCGCAGUGCGACUAAGAGUCCCAACCAUUCUCUGACGUUCUGCGUGAAGACUCAUGACAGACUGUACUACAUGGUGGCCCCGUCCCCUGAAGCCAUGCGGAUAUGGAUGGAUGUCAUAGUAACAGGGGCGGAGGGAUACACACAGUUUUUGAACUGACCCCGUACUGUAUGCCGAGUUCGAAGGUCAGGCUGUGCCAUUGAGAAGGAGACCCAUGACCCCUCCAUACUUGUCCCAAAACUCUUGGUGUUGGGGGAGAAUAGCCUUUUAAUUUGUAAUUUUCUGUGUUUAUUGUGAAUAUUCACUCCACUGUAUAGACACUAGAUUCACCUGUUUUCUACUUGUGCCUGCAUUUUAAAAAAGGGAGAUUUUGAAGACAUUAAGACACAUACUCUCAACGGCCUUUUUUUUUUGUUAUUGUUUUUGCCAACAGAGAUCUUUGUGUAGCAGUCAGGUGCUUCUUUGGUGUCUGCCACAGAUGACCUUUUCAAUCAACGCUUUGACAGUUUUAUUUCUUUCUAUUUUAAAAACAGUUGUCACGGCAUGUUGCCACACGAUGCCAAACUAGUGUGCUGUUACGUUUAUUCUUCCUGUUUUGUCUGAGUAGCUUGUCAUAUAUUUCAUUUGAGAUUGUUGAGGCGAGGAUUGCAGGGAUGUUUUAGUCCACAGACGGCACACUGACAGACAUACCUGCAGUGAAGCGUGAGGAGUGAGACAGACGUUGAGUGGCACAGGGAGUGGUGGUGGUGGUGGUGGUGCUGGUUUCGCUGCAGCACACAUCCGUACUCAGGCAUCGGCUGCGGUUUGAUACACUGACACCAUUGACUCCUUUUGAAGUAGGCCUAAUUAUAUCUGUCUGUAUUGUUACCGGUACAUACAUCAUUAAGGCGCAUCUUACACACACACCCACAUACGCAGUGCAUAAAAUAACACUAGUGACGGAUUUUAUAUGUUAUGAGCAUUGAAAUACCAAGUAGAGUUAACUUGCCAAGACCUGAUAACUUGAUGCCGUGGCUGGACCCUCUCUGAAGGCAGCCCGUUAUCACUGUUCAUCACUGCCAGUCUGUGUCGUGCGCCAUGACAACGGAGAAACAACUGAGCUGGAUAUUUUCUUUCUUUUGUUUCUUUUUUUAACAGUAAUGCAAUUCAGUUUGUGCCUUGAUAGUCGUUUAUCACUACACAUAAAAAGAAAACAAAAGGAAAAAAAAUACAUGGGACAGUUCUUGAAAACUGUGCUACUACGAAAAGCUACAGUGUGUACGUCAUAUGUUUACGUUUUUAAAAAGUGGAAUUAUCGAUGUGAUCGCAAAGAUUUGCACAGUGUGUGUGGAGUGACUGAGUAUGGCUGUUGUUUUGGACUGUUCAAUUACAUGAGUGAGAAAGUAUGAGCUUAAAGGAGUGUUUCACCAAAAACAAAAACAAAAAGAAUCACCCUGAAAUAAUAGUCCACUCUGUGGCAACCCUCUCGGCAGGUGAAACGUGUUAUUUAUAUGACGUCUGUUCUGAGAAGAUCCACUAGUGCGGGUCGGCCCAACCAAAAUGACUGCUUACCUUUGAUUUCUUGUGAGCUGUUUUUACAGUAUGCUGUGUGAUGGACUAGCCAUUGUUUUAUUCUCAGAUACAAAGGGAGUGAUUGAAUGAAUGUUUCUAAACCAGUGCUUUGUGUUGUCUGACACCAGAGAAUUGAUGGAUGAAUUUAAUGGAUUGAUUUCAAUGAAUUGUUGUAAAAAGACAUCUGUGUGAGGAUUAUUGUUAAAAUACCACCCCCUAAAAAAUUGGUGAAAGAGAAAAUGGAAAAAAACUGUGAAAUGUCUAACUACAGUCUAUAGAAUUUACAAAGGCAUGAAAUGUGUAUUAAUAUAUCUGAUAAAACUUUUUAGGUUUUAAAGAUUAAAAAUAGAAUAUCCUUGAUAAUAAGACUCAGAAAACGCAAGAUCUAAGAACAGAAAGUGAAGCGGGGAAUUAAGAUGAAUCUAGGUAUUUAUAAAGAGCUUGUCCAACAUAUCAAUUAUAACACUGUUAAGACCAGGUGCUUCUGAGUAGUUUUACACCCAAUUAAAAUAUAUAAUGCACGUCCACCAUGUUCCGUUCUAUCGCCAUGACGUUGACUCUGUAUAACUGUUUAAUCGUCUGUUCCUUUUAUUUGGUUGCUUGUGUUUUUUUUUUUUUUUUUUUUUUUUUAUUUCCGUAUGAAUUGUCACCACAAGGUUGAAUCAAGUGUUGUAAAAUGUUAAUGGCCAUAUUACAUACACAAAAGUAUUCACUGGUUUGUAUUAAAAAUGUGCUCUCACAUU